AAUUAUCGAUUUUUUCGUUUUACAAUAUUGGUAAAAUAAUUACCGGUAUAAUAAUAUUACCGGUAAAAUGACAUAUAACCUAAAAAAAAUAUUUAACACAACAUGUCUUGUAUAAAAGUAUCAGUUCCACAAAUUGAUUUUUCAAGUACAUCCAGAUCAUCAAAUGAUGAUUUAUUAUCUAUUCAAAAUAAAUAUAAUGAAUUAAUAAAAGCUGCAAAAAAAGUUUUUGGUAGUGGUUGGAGCCAUUCAGUAACAAAUAGUACAAUUGAUUUCAUUGAUCAAAAUGGAACAAAUUUCUCAGUGGGAUGUUAUUCAUCAUUAAAAGUGAUACUGCCUAAUGGAAUAUUUCACGAAGAUUCCGGUUAUUCUAACAUAGAAGGAACGACAAAAGGAUUAUCCAUUGAAAAAGCAAGAGUAACUUCAAUGACGAAUGCUCUUGCCAAAGUUUUAUCCUGUUUUACGGAAAUGGAUAGAGAAUUAGAAAAUUUCAAUCAAACAUUAAAUGUUUCUGCUAUUCCAAAAACAAAAUUUCCAUUAAAGCGGCCAAUUUCACCACCACCACCGCCAGCUCAAUCAACACCUAAAGUCUCAAGAGGUCCUGCUAUUUUUGAUAUGACAACAUUUAAAGAACCCGAAUCACAUUCUAAAGCUGUAAAAGAAAAUGUUAUUGAUUUCAACGAUAUUUUUGACUCUGUUCCAACAUUAGGUUCUUCUGUUACCACCUCUGUAACUCUAACAGAAGAGGAAAUGCGUCUUGAAAGAUUACGUAAACAGCGUGAAAAACAAGAAGAAUAUAAAAGAAUAAUGAGAGAGAAAGAAGAAAAACGAAAAUUUGAAUUACAAAAGCCAAAUUCUAAAUUUUAAGUUAAAAUUCAAGUUUAUAAAUUCGAAUGAAAACUUGUAAAGAUAAUGUUAAAUUGUAUAGAUUUAUUUAUUAUUUAAGACUUUUUUUUUUGUUUUCCAUGAAUAUUCUGGAAAAAUAUUCAUGCAGUGUAUAAAAGUUUAUAGAAAUAGGA